AUGAAGAUCAUUCUACUAGUUGGAUUGUUCGUAUCAACAGCUUUAGGCCAGUUUCAACUGCAAAAACAAAGCUAUACGACAUUUCCUUCUACUUCUCAAGGAGCAAAAGCAUUAUUUAGCAACGCUGCUCACCAGGCAUCUUAUGAUCCACAGGAAAGAAUACUUUAUGUAUUAGGCGCCCAAAUAGCAAUAAAUCGACCACGCCUUCUUCAUGUUGUUGAUAUGUUCAACCCAGCAGCCCCAUCUAUUCUACUCACACAUUCAAUGGAUGCAUCCUUAUAUGGUCGAGCUAAUGAUGUUCAAGUGUGCGGUGACACGGUUGCAGUAAGCUUAGACUCUCCAGUGCCUACUAAAGAAGGAUAUGUAAUUCUUUUUACCACAUUUAGACGUGGUGAUACACAGCUAGCUAGUAUUGGAGUAGAACCUGUUGGCGUUGACCCAAAAGGAAUGGCAUUUACUAAUGACUGUCAGAAGCUUGUCGUUGCGAAUGAAGGUCGUGGUGGACUUGAUGGGUCAUUCAUAGACCCACCAGGUUCAGUGUCUAUUUUGCUAAGGAAUGAUCUUGGAUCUCCAGCACAUGUCAACAUAGGAUUCCAAUCCUUCAUAGAAAAUAGGGAAACUGAGUAUCAGUCAAGGGGUGUGAGGUGGGUAUAUAGGGGAGACCAUACUGCUGGGAUUGUCAACAAUAUGUGGGAUGAUCUCGAGCCUGACCAGGUUACUAUAAGCAAUGACCAACGAUUUGCUUAUGUUUCACUUCCUGAAAAUAAUGCUAUUGCUAGAAUAGACAUCAACGCAUAUUCAGUGAAUGAACUUUUCGGACUUGGUUUGAAGAACUGGACGCUUUUCAGAACAGACGGUAGCGAUCAAGAUGGAGGGGCUAAUCUUUUACACCAUCCUAUUUAUGCGAUGUACCAGCCAACAGAUAUUGCAACUGCUACUUUAAAUGGCCAGGAGUAUAUAGUAUCAGCAAACCAAGGAGUUAUAAAAAGAUAUGCAGCUGCUGAUGGAUUAACGAAUUCAUUUGAUGAGUCUAAAAGAGCAAGACAAAUAUCUCUGGAUAGCGACUUCGAUCAAUCUUCGUGGCCACCAACGUUAACCACAGCUGUGAGUUCCAAUCAGCAACUUGGUCGUUUACUUGUUCGAGAGUCAGACGGGAGAGAUCCUAUCUCACAAAGAAUUAAAGAUGUUACUGCUUAUGGAGCACGAAGUGCUUCAUUAUGGCAGGUACAAACAAUGUCAUUAGCAUAUGAUACCGCUGAUGAACUGGAAACAAAAGAAAACGAAUUGUAUCCAAAUACCUUCAAUGGAGAGUGCAGUAACGGAAACCAGUCACCACUUCAACAGAGAGACCUAAGAUCAGACGAUCAUGGUCCAGAGCCAACCGCAUUAGCUGUUGGAAUGAGUGGCACUACACCUUUAAUAGUAGUUGGUACAAGAACAGGUGCUAUACAUCUUUACAGUGAUGAAUUAUUAGUACCUAGACACCAAAGUGUACACCGAGAAGGGCAGACAACUCAAACUUGGAACGCCUUAUAUAGCGCUAAUCAAGCUGGUGACGCCAUUAUAACAGACGUCGGAGUUAUAAACGCAAGUGAUUCGCCUAAUGGAAGAGUAUUGGUGUGGGCAAUUGGCUCAGCGACUGGUUCUCUUGGAGUAUAUGAAGUUAGCUUCGUACGGAAAUAAA